AGCAGCAGCAGUCCAGACCAGCAGUCGUCGUCGGCGGCUUGGCAAGACAAGCGGGAGGCUCGCGUGCGGAGUGAUGCCCAGAGCGCGGUGGUGCUGCCAGCAGGACACGGAACACGACCGCGACGACGAGCCCGAGUCGAAUCCGUCCAGGUCGCGGCAGGACAGUCGUUGUUGUGUGUUUGCGCGAUACAGUAAGGACUGCCGCACGCGAUAACGCGAUAGAGCAAGAUCUGCCGAGGGGGCCGCAGAGAAAAAAUGGGGCGUACGCGAGUAGGCGGCUCGGCAGUGCGCAUCGAUCGGCAAAUAACCUCGUCGCGGCGGCAGUGACGACGCCGAGGAGCAGCAGCAGCGCGGCAGCAGGUUAGGUGCGCGCAGCGACGACACGCGAUAUGUCGACGGAGGUGGAGUGAUCAAGUGUGGACGAGCACGACGACGAGGACGACGAAUCGAGAACGAGGCCGUGGUGUAAACAUGGGAGAGGGAGGACUCGAGUGGCUACCGCCGCUGCUGCUGCUGCUCUCGAUGCAGCUCGGGGCGAGUAGCGGCUUCCUCCUCGACGGCUCGGCCUCGAGUUACGCGCACUUCCCCAAGUGGAACGCCGGCCUCAACGGCAGCCUCGAGCUCGAGUUCAAGACGGAGCAGGGCACGGGCCUGCUGCUCUACACCGACGACGGCGGCACUUACGACUUCUUCGAGGUCAAGCUCGUCGAGAGCGCGCUCCGGCUGCGCUACAACCUGGGCGGCGGGACCCAGCUACUCACCGUCGGCCGGGACCUCGGCGACGGCCACUGGCACAAAGUCCACAUAGCCCGCAACAACGAGAACACGACCCUCACUGUCGACGGCGUCGCCGCGACCUCCACGUCGCGGGGCAAGGAGUUCGAGUUCGGCAAGCUGCCCGGCAACUCGGACGUCUACGUCGGCGGGAUGCCAAGCUGGUACAACAGCAAGCUCACGCUGCUGGCCCUGCCGAGCGUCAUCUUCGAGCCGCGCUUCAACGGCCUCAUCAGGAACCUCGUCUACGCCGACGGGGACAACGUGCUGCCGAGGCGGCAGGAGCUCAGGAAUCGCGAGCUCAAGUGCGGAGGACUGCCCUGUUCAGACAACGCCAUCACGCGGAAAACAGCGAGGAGCUUGCGGAAUACGACGCCGAACGCAACGGACGCCUGCGAGACACGCGACCCUUGUCAGCACGGGGGCAUUUGCAUCUCCACCGACAGCGGUCCCUUCUGCGAGUGCCGGACCGGCGACUACGAGGGAAUCUACUGCGAGAAAGAAGCAUGGAGCACGGUUCUGCCGACGGUGAGCGCCGACUAUUACUGGUCGAGGGAGUACAAUAAAGCGCCCUCGGAGGCGUCGUUUCGAGGGACCGAGUACCUGACGAUAGAGCUCAGCAAGACUGGACCGGUGCACAGCAACCAGGAGGGCAUCUUUCUUCAGUUCAAGACCAAACAGGCCAACGGACUGUUGUUCUACUCGGGCCACGGACAGGACUAUAUGACCAUAUCGCUGAGGGACGGCGGAGCGGCUAUUGGAAUGACGCUGGCCAAUAGCAGGCUCGACCUGCACAUCAAACCUACGAGGGUCCGCUUCGACGACAAUCAAUGGCACAAGAUUAUCGUUCAUCGGAAGGUCCAGGAGAUUUCAACGGUAACGAGCUUCUGCAGGCUGUCGGCGACGGUCGACGGACUCUACACCGAGAACGGACACACGGCUGGAUCGUUCACCAAACUGGCCAGCGAGAGGCUCUUGGUUGGCGGCGGUGCCGACGCCCGCGCACUACUCGGCUCCAAAGGCAUCAACAACUUCGUCGGCUGCUUGCGCAAGGUGGAGUUUCAGGCGGAGGGCGUGCGCAUGGAGUUGAUCGAAGCAACGAGAAGCGGCGCCGCAGGCACAGCCGCCUGGGGCAAAAUGGAGUUCCAGUGUCCGGAGCCCCGGGUGAACGACCCGGUCACCUUCACCACCAGAGACUCGCACCUCGCGGCAUCGGCGACAGUGAACUCUCGGCGACUUCACGGCACCGUGGUCACCUUUACCAGCCCAGAGUCCCACCUGGUCCUGCCGCCCUGGAAGGCUGCCAAGUCCGGGAGUAUAUCUUUUAAAAUUCGUACGAACGAGCCCAACGGCUUGGUCAUGUAUAGUAGAAGCGGAGCGCUCACUCGGACGGACCUGUUCGCGUUCGAGAUCCUCGGAGGCUACCUGUACCUGCACAUGGACCUGGGCGAGGGUCCGCUGAAGGUUCGAGCCUCGGACGAGCGCGUCGACGACGGCACCUGGCACGACGUCGCCCUUCGACGCGUCGAGCGCGAGGGUCGCGUCGUCGUCGACGGCUCGACCUUUGAAUUCCGGCCACCGGGUAAGGAUGAUAACUGCGACUCGACGCAACUGGACCUCGACGGCCUGCUGUACAUCGGCGGUGUCGGCGCCCCGUUCGCACCCCUGACCAUGCCACCAGUGCUCUGGACCGGCAGCUUGCGCCAAGGAUACGUCGGCUGCAUGCGCGACCUCGUCAUCAACGGCCAGCCCGUCGACAUCGCUGGCUACGCUCAACAGCAGGAUUCUGGAGCUGUGCGUCCCGCCUGUCACGUUCAGGGCGCCCACUGCAGUUCCCAGCCGUGCAUGCACAACGGCCAAUGCGUCGAGGGAUGGAACAGAUUCCACUGCGAUUGCUCAGGCACGGCUUUUACGGGCGCCACUUGCGGCAAGGACGCCUCGACGCUCUAUCUGAACGGCUCGCAGCAGAUGACGGCGCUGAUGCCGGAAGACUCGAAGACACAGGCGGAGGAGCUAGUCAUCAGGUUCAAGACGACGAAGCCACGAGGAUUGUUAUUGGCCACUAGUCUGGAGAAUAGCGUCGAUCGACUGCAAAUUUCCCUUGAAGACGGCAGCGCCAAAGCCCUCGUACAUAUCGACCAUCAGGAGAAGGUCAUCCUCACCGGGCAAGGACUCAACGACGACAUGUGGCACACCUUGAGGUUCUCGCGUCGAGCCAAUUCCAUCAAGUUCCAAGUCGACGAUGAGGCUCCGAUUGAAGCCGAGGCGAUACUGGGCGAGAAGAACACCCUGGAGUUCCGGACCUUCCACGUCGGCGGCUACCUGCACUCCGGCGAGGAAAUCCCACACUUCGUCGGCCAGCUGCAGCAGAUCUGGUUCAACGGGUAUCCCUAUCUCGAGAUAGCCAGGAGCGCCGGGACGCAUCAGACUUCUCAUCAGGGCUACACGCCGAUCAUCAGGGUCACCGGCAAGUUCGGCAAGCGCAACCACCCGGUCCAUCAUCCGGUCACCUUCACCUCCAAGCAUACCAAAGUCGGCCUACCCGUUCUCAAGGCCUACGUCGAGACCAACAUUUACUUUCAGUUCAAGACGAGGGAGGCGAAUGGACUGAUCCUGUACAACGCCGGUCGCGAGCGUGACUUCAUAGCCGUGGAACUCGUAAAUGGCCACAUUCACUACCUCUUCGACUUGGGCGAUGGACCGGUGCGACUACGAGAUAGCACGAAAUCGCGACUUAACGAUGGAAAGUGGCAUUCAGUCAGUAUCGCGAGACCAGCACCCAAGAGGCACACUCUGGCCGUCGACGAUCACGUGGCUGUUGCCAAUAGUCCGGGAAACAACGAAAAUCUUGACUUGGACGGACUCCUUUAUAUCGGCGGCGUGGAAAAGGAACAAUACUCUCUACUGCCAAAGCCCAUUAUGAGCCGACAUGGUUUCGAGGGAUGCUUAGCGUCCUUGGAUCUCAGCGGAGAAAGUCCUGAUCUCAUUUCCGAUGCGGUCGUACCGAGUUCCUUAGUAGAGUCUGGAUGCGAUGCUUAUGCUAACCUACAUCCGGGCAAAAAGUGCACUCACGACAUGUGCGCGAAUCACGGGACUUGCGUUCAGCAAUGGAACAGUUAUACUUGCGACUGUGAUAUGACUAGCUUUUCCGGGCCAACGUGUUCUGACGAGGCGGUAUCAUACGAGUUCCGAGCCGAGCGAGGACUGAUAACCUACACAUUCCCACCUGACAGAAGGCCGGAAAUGAAAAGAGAUACUUUGGCAGUGGGAUUUAUUACAACUGUGAGCGAUGCUGUGUUACUACGGAUAGAAUCCGCUUCGAGCAAUGAUUACCUUGAAAUCGAAAUUGUGGAAGGAAACGUAUUAGCUGUAUAUAACAUGGGAACUAGCGAUCAUCCGAUUGGCGAAAUCGGCGUAAAGGUGAACGACAACCAAUAUCACGUUAUUAGAUUCACAAGAAGUGGAGCUAACAGCACUCUACAAGUCGACGACUACAAUCUGCAAUCCAACCAUCCACAAGGUAACCAACACGGGGUCUUCAACAGCCAAUCGUCGAUCCAAGUGGGCGGCCGAUGGAACCGGGGCAAGAGCAGAGUCGACAAGCCCUUCAUGGGCAUAAUGUCGGGCCUGGUGGUAAACGGAGUGCGAAUCUUCGAAUUGGCAGCGUCGAAAGAUAACCGAGUGACGGUGAAAGGCGACGUGCACGUGAUGCCGAUAGGAAGUCUCGCCGAUCGUGCCGCGCCGCUUCAGAGAAUGCAGCAGACUCCGGCUUCUGGGUCGCCUGGCGUCGCCGACGACCUGAUCUUCUCCGGUGCCGGAAGCGGCUGCGCCGGCGACGACGAGGACGAGAAGUGUACGCCUAUUUAUGAUAAUGGUUCCGGUAAGUAUGACCUCAUCACGCCGGUGUACGUUGCGCCCACGAAGUCGCCCACGGUGACGAGCAAGCCGAAGAGCAGUCACAGCUCGAAUCUCCAGGAGAAGAACAUCCCCUGCGACGACGAGGAGGAAUGCAACGAGGAGGGCUCCGGCGAUCCAGGCACGACCGAAGAGAUUUUCGUUACCUCGGCCACGGAUUCGAGCUCCUCGCUGAGCUACACGACCCAACGCCAGCUAUCGUCGACCAGCCAACAGACGAGCAGCAGCACACAGUCGAGCAGCACGACGAUAGCUACCACAUCGUCGACGGACCUGCAGACCACUGCUUCCACGCAGAUCAACGUUUCCAGCAGUUCCAUCGAGAGUACUCAUUCCAGUAUAUUGAUCAAAGAGGCGUCGACUAGCAGUACUACCCAGUACACGACCACUUCCAGCACCGAAAUGUCGGAGAUGCCAACGACGACGAGGAUAAUCUACACGGUGAUGAAUAUCCCACCGAAGAACACGAACAACAAUAACAACAAGCGCAUAACAUCGGAGACAGCUGAGAACGCCGCGUUGAUCAUCGGCAUCAUUGCCGGCGCUCUGAUAGCCAUAGUCCUGAUAAUCCUCAUAAUUCUCAAGUUCAAGAGUCGACCCGAGGCGAAUUACAAGAUCGACGAGGGCAAGAGCUUCUGUCAGGAUCCAAACGCCGCUCUGCUGGGAGGCGCACCGGGCACUGGACAGCCCUACAAUGGUGCGCUCAAGAACGGCCAGGGCGGAAGUAAAAACGGUAAGAAACGCGAAAUCAAGGACAUUAAGGAAUGGUACGUGUAAAAUACCGGGUUGGAAUGAAGCGAGCCAAGACUGACUGUGUUACAUAUUA